AUGCUGCAACCCGAACAGUACAUCGAAGAUCUACGUCACACGCGCCUAAAGCGCACUAUCGUCCUAGCAUUAGACAAAUUCGUCGGUCGGUGGUGUCGACGAUCCUCCCGGGUCACUUUUCUUCCUGGCGACUUGUGCAUCAAGUCUGGACACGCCGUCCGCUUGACGGAAGCCUUAACUAUGGAAUACGUGCGAAAGCAUACCACGAUACCUGUCCCCAAGGUUUUCUGUGCCUUCGAGCACCACGGUGCCGUCUAUAUCGCGAUGGAGCGCUUAGCAGGCCAACCCCUGGGUUGGGAAUGGGCACGGCGCAGUGACGACUCGAAAGCCUAUAUUUUGCAACAGCUUCGAGACUAUGUGGUGCAAUUACGCAACCUUCCACGUAUGAGCGACUGCAACUCAGUCGCUGCUAUUGAUGACGGGCCAUUCCUGGACGAGAGACUGCCGGGCUCGUCAAGCCCGGUUGGUCCUUUCCCUUCUGUGAAACAAUUUCACAGAUACCUUAGAUCAGAUCAAGAGACAGAUCUGAAGCACAACGAAGAUGUUCAACGCCUAGUUAAAAUGCAUGAUGACACUAGCGAAAAUGUGUGUUUUACGCAUAAUGAUUUGAGCAGCUUUAAUAUUUUGGUUGAUGGCCAGCAAAUCACAGGUAUAAUUGAUUGGGAGUAUGCGGCGUGGUUGCCCUCGUACUGGGAGUACACAUCGGCCUGGCAUGUUAGCCCGCAGAACAUGUUUUGGCGAGACGAAGUUGGCAAAUUUCUCGAUGUGUAUGAAAAACAACUUGAGAUGGAAAAGAUCCGACGCCAGUGGUUUGGCGACUAUUAA